GCAGAAAUUGCAACAGCCACAGCAGCAGCAGCAGCAGCAGACACAACAGCAACAGUUAGCAGUUCAGUGUCAAUGCCAGUGGCACCGCCAAAUGGCAACAACAAUGCUCCUGCAAUGGCACCCGCGACUGCAACUGCAACUGCAACUGCAACUGCAACUGGAACAGCGGAUGCAGCAGCAACAGCUGCAUCUGCAGCCGCAACGGUUGCUGAGUCUGGGCAGCAGCUGGACAGUGCCAAUGCGAACAGCAGCAGCAGCAGCAACAGCGAGGCGAUCAGCACUGCCGUCACCAGCUGCAGCGCCAACGUCACCAACGCGGCUGCCGUUCCGGUCGUCAGCAGCAAUAGCAGCAACAGCGCCAGCAGCAGCAGUGCCAGCAGCAACAGCAACAACUGCACGGCAACAGUUGCCGCCGCCACGCCGCCGCCGUCAAGCAAGACGGUGAGCAUACGGGAUGCAACGGCGCCGAGUGGCAGCGGCGCAUCUGCCUCCAAGUCGAGUGGGCUGCUCAGCGUGGGCAGCAAUCAUCAUCAUCAUCAUCAUCACUCCUCGCAGUCGCAGUCGCAGUCGCAGUCGCCGUCAGCACAGUCGCAGCCGCCGGCAGCGCCGUCCGUGCCGCAGCAGCCGCCGCAUCAUCAGCGCGGCAGCAAAAACGAAGAUGCGCCCAACAUACUCGUCUACAAAAAGAUGGAGGCGAUCAUUGAGAAGAUGCAGGCGGAGUCUGGUGGCGUGGCGGUGCGCACGGUGAAGGCGUUCAUGAGCAAGGUGCCAUCGGUGUUUACAGGUGCCGACCUGGUCGCCUGGAUACUGAAGAACUUUGACGUGGAGGAUGUGACAGAGGCGCUGCACUUCGCCCACUUGCUCAGCUCGCACGGCUACAUCUUCCCCAUCGACGAUCAUGCGCUGACCGUGAAGAACGACGGCACCUUCUACAGAUUUCAGACGCCAUACUUCUGGCCAUCGAACUGCUGGGAGCCAGAGAACACGGACUAUGCGGUGUAUCUGUGCAAGCGCACGAUGCAAAACAAGACGCGCUUGGAGCUGGCGGACUACGAGGCCGAGAACCUGGCCAAGCUGCAGAAGAUGUUCUCGCGCAAAUGGGAGUUCAUAUUCAUGCAGGCGGAGUCGCAGAGCAAAGUGGCCAAGAAGCGGGACAAGCUGGAGCGCAAGGUUCUCGAUUCGCAGGAGCGAGCCUUUUGGGAUGUGCACCGACCCAUGCCUGGCUGUGUCAAUACCACCGAGAUAGACAUUAAGAAGGCGUAUCGACGCGGCGGCUCCAGCCACGGCACUGGCUCCGCUGGCGCCUCCGUAGCCAAGAAUCCCGUCGAACAGCUGACCCGCAUCAUUGCGCUGCGCAAACAGAAGCUCGAGCGGCGCACAAUCAAAGUGUCUAAAGCGGCCGAAGCCUUGGUCGCCUACUACGAUCAGUACAAUGAGUUCGAUUACUUCUUAACCUCGCCGGAGCUGCCCAAUCCAUGGCAAACGGACAGCACUGAGAUGUGGGAUACCGAGAAAAAUAGCAAAGAUGUUCCUGUGCGUCGGGUCAAGCGGUGGGCAUUCAGCCUGCGGGAGCUGCUCAACGAUGCCAUUGGACGGGAUCAGUUCACAAAGUUUUUGGAAAAGGAAUACAGUGGCGAAAACCUCAAGUUCUGGGAGUCGGUGCAGGAGAUGAAGGCGCUACCACAGUCCGAAAUCAAGGAGGCCAUACAAAAGAUUUGGCAAGAGUUUCUCGCUCCCGAUGCGCCAUGCCCGGUCAACGUUGACUCCAAAUCCGUGGAGCUGGCCCGCGAAGCGGUCAACUCGCCAAAUGGCCCCAAUCGCUGGUGCUUCGAUGUGGCCGCCUCGCAUGUGUACCACCUGAUGAAGAGCGACUCGUAUUCGCGCUAUCUGCGCUCCGAAAUGUACAAGGACUACGUCAACUGUUCCCGCAAGAAGGUCAAGUCAAUACCCAAUCUCUUUGGCGUGAAGCGUUGAGAUACGCUCCGGGACUUGCCUGUCGCGGGAUUUGGCUUUGGCUCGGGCUGAGUCUUUGUUUUUUGUGUGUGUGAUCAAUCGUAGGAUGGCGGAUGGCUGGAUGGCUGGAUGGCCAUCAGUGUCAGGAUCACAUUGUGUGCUUGUUGUAAUGUUCUGAACUGUAUGUAGUGCUCAUAUACUCGGACGCAUACUCGAAUCAAUGUAUAUUAGACGUUGUUACUUAUUACAUAAUAACCUACCUAUUACCACUAGGUCGCGUGUGUUCUUAACGUCUCGUUUUGUUAACCGAUUGACGCGUUGCCCGUGCAAGCGGUGCGCAAUCCUAAUCAGCUCGGUCGACUCCCCUAGCCUCACCCCGCUUCCUCAUUUCGGCCCAAUUCGAAAGUCAACUCUUUAAGUCCUAUCGAAAAAGAAAACUGCCAAGAGCUUCUCGAAACAGAGGAGCAGCAGAUAAAGUUACGAGUAAAAAGCAAUCGCCGCAAGGCGAUGCAUAGCCUGUUGCAGCCCAAAUGCAACGGGACUAUGCAAUCGUCUAACUGUAACCGAUAACACCAAACAAAAGAGAGCAAGCGUACGUGGGAAUACACAUACGUUUGAAGAGAAAUAAUCAGUAGCAUGUAAACCAAAAACAAUAAAACUAAAGCAAAAGCAAAAACGAAAACGAAAGCGAAAGCGAAAACAAAAAGAAUACAAACUACCACUGAGAGCCGAGUACAUUCGCGUACUUCAAGUUAUACCUAUACUUAAACUUAUACUUAUGCUUAUACCAAAAAUUAUACUAAUACUUAUACUUACUUGCAUUAGCAUGUUAUAAAGCUAACGCCGUUCAGCAUGUUGAGAAAUCAGUCUAGACGUACAAAUUGAAUCAAACAAUUCAAAUCAUAGAUGCAAACAGGCAAUUCCUUCUUUUCUACUCUUUAUUUACUACGUACUCUCUCUCUCUCUCUCGCUCUCUCUCAUUCGAUCUUUUAUUAUUAGUUAAGCUAACACACAUACACAAAAACAGCUCCUCUCGCAGCGCGCUCCCAUUUGUUCCUAUGUUCCCAUGUUGUUCUGUUCCUUCGUUUCCCUGUUCCACACACACUCUCAUUCACAUAUCGCCAAACGCAACAACUAAAGUCGUAAAAAACUAUUGUUAUUUAAAACAAAAACAAAAUGAUAUACAUAUACAUAUAUAUUUGAAUAUUUUUUUAAUUUGCACGCCUCUGCGUAUUAUGUGUUGUGUGUCUUUUUGUGUAACUGUAAAUGUAUGUGGUAACUUAGCAGCAAACAAUUAUAUAUAACUUUGUGUAUCCGUAAGUGUGUGUGU